AUGUCAGCGCCAGGAGGCCCUUCAUGGAUGUGUCCCGCCACAGCUAAAGCCAGCCUUCUGCUCUGGAUGGGGAUCACGUCCAUCUGCGUGGCUGCUGUUCAGGCUCAGCAGCACCCAGUGGUCACCACAAAUUAUGGGAAAUUGCGAGGAGUGAAGGUUACAUUACCCAAUGAGAUUCUCGGACCAGUGGAGCAGUAUUUGGGGAUCCCGUAUGCUUUGGCCCCAACGGGGGAGCGGAGGUUCCAGCCGCCAGAGUCGCCCAUGUCCUGGCCGGGCAUCAGGAAUGCUACUCAGUUUGCUCCGGUUUGUCCUCAAUUCUUAGAGGACCGCUUUUUACUGAAUGAUAUGCUGCCUGUGUGGUUCACCGCCAACUUGGAUACAGUGGUAACCUAUGUCCAGGAGCAGAGUGAGGACUGCCUUUACCUGAACAUCUACGUCCCUACAGAGGACGGAGCCAACUCAAACAGACAAGGCGCAGAUUUCAACAGUAAUGAUGAUGGCGAUAUCCAUGAUGAGAACGGGUUGAAGCCAGUCAUGGUUUACAUCCAUGGAGGCUCCUACAUGGAGGGAACCGGCAACAUGAUUGAUGGCAGCAUCCUGGCCAGCUACGGGAACGUCAUUGUCAUCACAAUCAACUACCGGCUCGGGGUUCUGGGGUUUUUAAGCACAGGAGACCAGGCAGCCAAGGGUAACUACGGCCUGCUGGAUCAAAUUCAGGCUCUCAGGUGGAUCAAAGAGAACAUCCAGGCCUUCAAAGGAGACCCGAAGAGAGUGACCAUUUUUGGCUCUGGUGCUGGAGCAUCGUGCGUCAGCCUGCUCACCCUCUCGCAUUACUCAGAAGAUCUGUUCCAGAAAGCCAUCAUCCAGAGUGGCACAGCACUGUCCAGCUGGGCAGUCAACUACCAGCCUGCCAAGUACACACGAGCCCUGGCUGAGAAGGUGGGCUGCAACAUGCUGGACACCAUCGACUUGGUGGAGUGCCUGCAGAACAAGAACUACAAAGAGCUGAUCGAACAGUACAUCACGCCCGCAAAGUACCACAUCGCUUUCGGCCCUGUGAUCGAUGGCGACGUGAUUCCGGAUGACCCUCAGAUCCUCAUGGAGCAAGGGGAGUUCCUCAACUAUGACAUCAUGCUGGGGGUCAAUCAGGGCGAGGGAUUCAAGUUUGUAGAUGGCAUUGUGGACAGCGAGGACGGGGUGUCAGCCAAUGAUUUUGACUUUGCGGUGUCGGAUUUUGUGGAUCAUCUCUACGGCUACCCAGAGGGUAAAGACACUUUGCGUGAGACCAUCAAAUUCAUGUACACAGACUGGGCGGACAAGGAAAACCCAGAAACACGGCGCAAGACCCUGGUGGCUCUGUUCACUGACCACCAGUGGGUGGCGCCAGCUGUCGCUACAGCUGACCUCCACGCCCAGUAUGGCUCCCCUACUUACUUCUAUGCUUUCUACCACCACUGUCAGAGUGACAUGAAGCCCAGCUGGGCCGACUCAGCCCACGGCGAUGAAGUACCAUAUGUGUUCGGAAUCCCCAUGAUCGGUCCCACAGAUCUCUUCAACUGCAACUUCUCGAAGAAUGACGUGAUGCUGAGUGCUGUCGUCAUGACCUACUGGACUAACUUUGCUAAAACAGGGGAUCCGAACCAACCAGUUCCACAGGAUACAAAGUUCAUUCACACGAAGCCCAACCGGUUUGAGGAGGUAGCCUGGACCAAGUACAACCCCAAGGACCAGCUCUACCUUCACAUUGGCCUCAAACCUCGAGUCCGAGACCACUAUCGCGCCACUAAGGUCGCCUUCUGGCUGGAACUGGUUCCGCAUCUCCACAACAUAAAUGAGUUUUUUCAAUACGUAUCCACUACCACCAAGAUACCUCCGCAGGACACCACGCCGUACCCCUACACCAAGCGAUUCCCGGGCAAAAACAACUGGCCCUCCACCACCCGCCACCCAGGAGUCCCACCUGCCAACACCAAGCAGACCACCGACCAACGCAAGAGCGGCGACCUCACCGACGAGUCGACGGUGGUGAUCGAGACCAAGCGGGACUACUCCACCGAGCUGAGCGUCACCAUCGCUGUGGGAGCCUCCUUGCUCUUCCUGAAUAUCUUAGCCUUUGCUGCACUCUACUACAAAAAAGACAAGCGGCGGCAUGAGUCUAACCGGCGGGUCCCCACUCCUCAACGCAACUCGGCUCCAACCAACACGCCGUCCACCGCCAACGACGUGGCCCAUCUGCAAAGCGAGGAGCUGAUGUCGCUGCAGAUGAAGCAGCAGCAGCUGGAGCACGAGCACCACCAUGAGUGCGAGUCGCUGCAGACCCACGAUACGCUGCGUCUCACCUGCCCACCCGACUACACCCUCACCCUGCGCCGAUCGCCUGACGACAUACCCCUGAUGACGCCCAGCACCAUCACCAUGAUCCCCAACUCGCUGGCUGGCAUGCAGCCUCUGCACAACUUCAAUACUUUUGGUGGCAGCCAGAACAGUACCAACUUGCCCCACGGUCACUCCACCACACGGGUAUAG